AUGCUCGCUCGAUAUCCCGAAGACCCCACUGAAGAGCAACAAGAGACGCUCCUUUGCCACUGUUCGCUCAUUCGGCGCCCGGAUGCUGACAAGCAAACUAGCGGUGAAUGCGCGUCUCACUUUCAAGGACACCUGAAGCAGUACCCUCCGCAGGUAUCUUCGCGUAAUGCGGCGGCGGGAUGGGGAUGCUUCAUACACAACGAGGUCAACGCUAUGCUCGAGAAGCCAGCGUUCGACUGCAAUAAGAUCGGCGACUUUUAUGACUGCGGCUGUGGAGAUGAGGCAGGUGGAGACGGGAGCAGUGGUUCUGCCAGCGAGCACAAGCCAGCUCCCGGCGAAAACAGCGCUGAGGAUGGCAGUAUCUCGCCUGUAGAGAUAUCUCGGGAGCCGUGA